AUGGACUCAAUUAUCUCCCGUGUCCUAAGACACGUUAUUGGGUUCGUAAACGCACCGAAUAACGCCGGGCUGAAGGAGAAUGUUUUUCAUAUCUUUGAGCAAAGUAUAGCCUACCGGGCUCAGGAGGAUGCAGAUUGCUACGCCAACUUUAACAGAUCUCAAAAGGAUUUGAGCAGAUUGGAAGAGCAGAUAAGAUCGAGGGGGACGUCCAAGGCUCGGCAACAGAAGACGAUGGAGAUUGAGGCCGAACUGUGCAACAUCACGAAAGAAGUGGACCAUCUUUGCGAGAUCAAGGAUAUCAAGGAUGAGCUGAAAAUGAUACACAAGGUGUUGGACGAUCAGAAGGCUGUCAUUCACCAAUACACAAAGAGCCAAGAAGAACUGAACUUUGUCACCAGUAAAAAUCAUUCCGACGAAGACGAGGAGUGGCUAUCAGGAGAUGGAGAAAGUGAACUACUAUUGGAGGCAAAGAACAUCUUGGAGCAGCGGAUCUCAAAGGUCAAAUCGCUUUUCACAGACGCUUCUACGGUAGAGAAUUCGAAGCAAGGAAAUCUAAUCGUCUCGUUUUUGUAA